UCUAUUUUCCCGUUUUUCUUAUAAUCACGAAAAUGCCGAUUCUUCACAACGUGUUCACCAUCAUCGGCGCGCUGAUUAAGUUGACCUUUUUGAGCGCGGCAAUUGUGACGAUACCGCAGGAUGCUGGCGCCCCGGGCGGUCUGGCGGUGAUCCCCGUCAACGGCACCACCAUCACGCUGCAGAUCAAUCUGCGCAAUUUCUCCAACGACCAGGGCAUCGAUAUUGACGGCCGCCGCUGCGAUCUGGCCACGCAGUGCGAUGUGACCUUUUACGCCUACCUUGACGCGAAGAACGCCAGCGCCGUCUGGCCGGGAUCCGCCAAUAAGAGCAACCUGCAGCUGGUGCAUCAGAGCGCCAAUAAUAAUCUCUUCACGAUCGACAAGAUCCUUAAUUAUUCGGUGUGCGCCAAGUCGGCCCAGAUUCCAAUGUUGAAUCUGCGCGUGAAAGUGGACGACAGCGACGUGCUGACGCGCGACGACAGCAUCGAGCGCUUCAGCUGUCUGAUCCCCGAGCACGCCUUCCCGGUGGCGGAUGUGGAAGAGGAGAACGCCGUGUGGUCGGAGGAUCUGCACUGCGUCGGCAAAGUGCAUCCGCUCAGCAAAGUCAGGUUGACCUUUCGCUACCGCUACUUCCAGGCCAAACCGACGACGUUGUGCCUGUAAUAAUUCGCGGGAUUAGCGCUAAUUACGAGCCGUAACAUUCUUGUAUGUUUUCUUGUGGGUGCUGUUC